UCAAACUGGUGGGGUGGCCACUGCUGCUCGCCUCGGUUGCUCGCCUGCGCACCUCAGAUCGAUCCUCCCUCCGCAAGAUCCACCGAUGGCCGCCACCGCAGACCGCCGCUUCAAGAUCUUCGCGGCCGCCGACGGCUUCGGCCAGCCGCUCAAGGACGCCGUCGUCGCCCACCUCCGCGCGCACCCCUCCGUCGCCGGCGUCGUUGACCUCGGCGUCGACAAGUACUACGCCGCCGCGGCCGCCGUCGCACGCAGCGUCGCGUCCUCCUCCGCCUCCGACCCCGCGCUCGAGGCCCGCGGCGUCGUGGUCUGCGGCACAGGCGCGGGCGUCGCCAUCUUCGCCAACAAGUACCCCGGCGUGUACGCCACCCACUGCGCCGCCCCCGCCGACGCCGUCAACACCCGCUCCAUCAACGCCUGCAACGUCCUCGCGCUCUCCGGCAUGGCCACCCCGCCCGACGCCGCCGCCGCCAUCGCCGACGCCUGGCUCGCCACCCCGUUCCGCGCCCCGUGCCCGGCCUCCGGGGACGCCCCCUGGCCGGAGGACAUCCAGCUAUUCUUCGACUCCGCGCCCGCCGAGAUGGCCGCCAUCCCCGAGGGCUCCGACUCCGCCUGCGCCAUCUGCUGCCUGAGGAAGGGGAUGGAGUUCGAGCCGGUGGGGAUCAUUCCCGGCGGCGAGAUGCGGAUUGUGCGGGAGAGCCCCACGUCUGCCUACGUCCGGUUCAAGGCCGGGAGCGUGGAGCCGGCGCACCACCACAAGUUCGGCCACGACCUGGUGGUGAUCAGGGGCAAGAAGAAGGUCUGGAACCUCACCAAGAAGGAGACCUACGACCUGGUGGACGGCGAUUUCCUCUUCACGCCCGCCGGCGACGUGCACCGCGUCAAGUACUUGGAGGACACCGAGUUCUUCAUCCGGUGGGACGGCCAUUGGGACAUCUUCCUCGACGAGGACCUCGACGCCGCGCGCAAUGCCAUCGAUGCAGAGCUUGGAGCAGCAACCUGCAAGUGAUGAUGAUGUUGUUUGCCAAGGUGCCUUCAUGUCCCAAUUUCCUUGUGUUUUACCAUGUUUUGUGCUAUUGCUGAGCUUGUACUUUGCUGGAACCGUGUCCCUUUGUUUCUUACAAUACCACCUUGAUAUGCUUGUACAAUCUAAGCUGGAUAAUAAAAUGCAUAUUGCAAGGUUGUCGGAUCCUUAGUCAAGUUAAACUUCAUGUUUACUGUCACAGUUAUGAAUUGUUUAACGCUACUUCUUCGUUUCAUA